AUGAGAGGUCUUGGUGUAGUAGAGUGGCUUAGACCCCUUGUAGAGACCAAUGUUUGGGAUUAUGUAGUUGUUUGGAAAUAUGGGGAUGACCCAACUAGGUUUAUUGAGUGGAUUGGUUGCUGUUGUAGAGGGAGUUGCAGUGUGAACAUUUGUGUGGAGUCCAAAGAGGAAAAGGGUGAAGAAUGCCACUUAGCUCCCAUUUGCAGGGAUAAAUAUCUUCAGCAUCAUGUUAGAACAAAGGCUUGUGAGGCUCUUGCUCAGCUUCCUUUAGCAUUGUCUCUCUAUUCUGGUGUGCAUGGAGAAGUUGCCAUAUCACAACAAUCAAGAUGGCUUAACAAGGAUUCAAUUGGAACCCAAGUUUUGAUCCCUAUUGUUGGUGGUCUUAUUGAGCUCUUCACUGAGAAACUGAUUCCAAUGGAUAUGAAUAUCAUAGAGUUCAUAACAGCACAUGGCUGUGUCUCUUUGAAGCAAGAGGCCAUAUCUGCACAGAGCUACACCAGUCUGAACAUCAUUGAACAUCUGCCAUUAAGGGAACAGUACUCACAUUGGUGGCUACCACACAUGUCAGCAACUUUAACUCCUAGUGUCCAUCAGCCUGCAACAAAACAGUGCAACUCACAUCCUAGCAUUGAAGGACCCCCAAGGGGUUCUAAUCCUUCCACUGAAGAACCAUCGUUUGAUUCAAAAUUUGUUGGUUUGAUUCCAGACGAAUGUCUUAAACAAUCAACUAAAAUGUCUCCCAUCUCCAAAACUAAAAUGCCCAAGUACAGUAAAACUUCAGGGAAGCAGCAGAGAGGUUUGAGUUCUCAUUGCAGCUAUGGGGAAGAAGAUAAAUCAAAACUGGUCAAGGAGCCUCAGAAGGAAAGGUACCAAGCUAAAAAUCUUGUCACUGAGAGAAAUAGGAGGAACAAGAUUAAAAAAGGGCUUUUUACUCUGCGGUCUCUAGUCCCAAAGAUAACCAAGAUGGAUAGAGCUGCAAUUCUUGCAGAUGCAGUUGACUAUAUAAAGGAAUUACAAGCACAAGUGAAUGAACUAAAAAACGAAGGCAGUGCUUUGGAAGUUCAGGACUGUAUGAACACACCAAAAUUGAGGAAGACAGCUGACAAAGAACAAGAAGGAACCAGAAGUAACACUCUUAAUCAAAGUUCUUCUGAUUGCACUAAAAAGAUGCAGAUGGAAGUACAAGCAGAAGUGCACUACAUUGGCAAGAAAGAUUUCUUAAUUAAAUUAAACUGUGAGCAGAAGCAAGGUAGAUUCUCAAAGUUGAUAGAAUCUAUACACUCAAUUGGACUUCAGGUGACUAGUGCCAAUAUGACGACAUUUGAUGAUAAAGUCCUUAACAUUCUGACGGUUAAGGUAAGAAUAUAAUCAUUCAUAGAAAAGUGCAUUAAUUUGCUUGAUAUAUAGAGCCCCACAAAUAAGAUAAUUUUUUGGUAAUUCCGCUCAGAACUUUCAGUUCCACUCCAAACACUUAUCAUAUUACUGUUUAGGUUUAUGAAUUAGACAUGGAUCUACUGCUACAAUCUUAUAUUCAGGGAUUAGACAAGUACGGGAGGGACCAAAGAGUAAAAAAGAUUUAAGUCAUGGAAAAAAAUGUAACCUGCCUCAUUUUGAAAAAUUAGGUUGAUUAGAACUACUAUUAUCUGAAAGCAUUCAUCCUUCUAUCCCAACACAUUAAUCACAGUCUCUCAUAGUUCCCCUUCACAACUUCAGUUCAUAGGUCUCCUUUAUAUGCAAUGAGAUUAAAUUCUGUUCUACAGGCAACCAAGAAGGAUAUUCACCCCACUAAACUGAAAGAGUAUUUAAUACAAAAGACAAGUGAUGAUAGACAAAGUAGGUAACAAGCUCAGAAAAAUGGUGGGGAUAUGAAUGAGUUGAAGAACAGCACCCUUUCAAAGUUUGUACACCCGGUAUACGGAAAUUUUAUUCAACCGUGAGAAAUAAAGCACUUGAAUGACAAUUAUCAGCAAAGCCACCAAUUCAGAGCAAAGUUGAAAGUUCACAUGUUAGCUGAGGACUUAGUUAUUGACUGCAAAUAAAAAAUGUACCACAACUUCAUAGAAGUUGCCCUGCAAGCGUAAAUGGUAUUUCCAUUUUUCUAGGCAAAGUUAUAUUCUGUGUUUAGUAACUUAUCAUA